UUUCACCACUUAUUGGCUCUUCGGCUGUUGUGCUCAGUAACUCCUUUGUUUGCCAAAGCAUCUCUCACUUUGCUACAUGCCUGACUGGAGACAGUACCCACCAGCACCUAGUUUACACCAAGACAUACAGUGUUUAUCUCGUAAGACCUUUGCACUGAGAAGAAUUGGAGUAGAGUAGAAAAGGAACAUUUUGACAGCAUUUGCAUCACAACAGAUCAAUAAGAAAGAUGACCUGUAUCAUUCUUGAUGAGGAAUUCUUCCAUGCUUCUUAAGGUGGUGUGAGUGUAAAAAGGCCUUUAAUUGCCGGUGAGGUGUCACUUGAAAUACCAAGAGAUGACUCUCCGCCGUCCAGCUGCCCACCGAAGGAGGGCUGCAGGCUGGAGGAGAUCAGGGGACGAGUCCUACUGGGACAGCUUCAUAUCAGAAGAAGAGCCUCCUCGCUUCUCCCGUGCACCUCGGCCACAGAGCGCCAUUGAGGGAGGUCAACUGGACGUCUGGCUGGAGCACCUGAGGACAAUGCAGAGCAAGGUUAUAUCUCCAAUUCAAGAACCAUCAUUUGAUCGGACUGCUUCCAUGCCUGUUCUUGAGGGACAGUCGACAGGACGAGCCUGGAGACAGACAGGCUCUUCCUCCUUCAGCACAGCCUCAUCUUCACGUGGGAGCUCACCCAGCAGCCAGGAGUCCCUCCAAACAGGGUGUUUUCCCUCUCAGGAGCACAGGGGAGUUUGGGAUAAAGUUCAUAUCUUGCAGUCACCAUCAAAGGAGCAAGCUCAGCUCAGCUGUCUGGCUUCAGUUAAAACUGGUUGGUUGCCAAUCCAGAGAAGAGUGAUGGUGGUAGGGAACACCGGGAGCCAAAACCAGUACAUGGACACAUCUUCUGGCCAAGUUAAACUGAAACAACCCAUCACUCCAGCAAUCCAAAAGAACAAAGAAAUGCAUUUUUACAAAGCAGAGGCAGAGAGAAGUCACACCAGCCCCAGUGUCCCGUGUGUGAAGACGAGGAUUACUCUGGAUCGAGGCUCUGCUUUUAACAAGGGGCCUGAGAACUCUCCUGCUAAGGAGGGGAACCAAGCUGUCGGCUGGCCUUCUAUGACAACAGGCUGGAAGCCUAACAGGGUGUCAGGUCAUCUUGGAGGCAAUGAUUCCAAUGAGAUCUGCAGAGGGCUCAGAGAGGAGCCCCGUUUGAUGACAACUACAAGCACACAGUCUGUGAACCAUUCACCUUUGCAUCGGAGGGCUUCUGCUGAUCCAGCUGGUCAUUAUAGUUUGCUGCAAGGAGCAAAUGCUGUAAAGACACAGAAGCCCCAUACACCUUUGCAAAGAACGAGCAGUGUUCAGCCUUUAAAGGCCACCGUAUUUUAUGGGACUAAUAGCAGCUCUGAAUCUUCACACAUACAGACAAGUUCCCCUGUAACGACUCUCAUCCCACAAAACAAAGCUGGCUUCUCUUCUAUCACCAUCUCUUCUAAAAAAGUGAGCAGAUCAGCGAGUUUGCCUGGAUCCCGAUCCAUGAAGUCACUGUCUCCUUCCCCACCAGAUCAACAGUCCAUGGACCCAGACUCAAGGCAAGUACGGGUGCAAAGGAAAGCUACUAUAGUCAAAGUGACAGAGCAGAGAGUGGUAUCAAACGGUUCUCCAAGCACCGGUCGACCUGGAACGCCUCCGUCUGGCAAUGCUUUGGACACAGUGGUUCGCAGAAGAAAGGCCACCAUCAUCAAAGUGACUGAGCAUAAGGAGACUUACAGCACAGACAAGAUAAGGAAUCCAGAGCACAGGCACAGUUACACCGAAGGACUGUAUAAGAAUAACAGCACACUGAACAGUAAAGUACCUCCUUAUCUAUUAAACUCCUCACCAAGUGCAGUUACAACCCCAAACACUCCAAACGCAAAGAAAAAUGAGACCCUGCACAGAUCUACUCUAAAUUUUUUUCUUAGCAACCCUCCGGCCAUUGCAUCUCCUCCCUUAGAGCCAGCUCCAGGCGCUGCCGGACAAAGAUCUCGGAGGUUGCAAAGACCCAUGAGCAGCUAUGGUAGUUUGAUUGUACACUCGGAUCAAAGCAAAGAAAGUGAUGAACAAUCAUCCUACUGGAGACAAAGCUCCAGGCCUUCACAGGAAACCUCUCCCAACCACAUGCACUUUAACCACCUUCCCAUCAGCUCUGGAAAAUCAGUGAAGGAGGCGGGUCAGCCCAUGGCGGCUGACACUCUGACACCAAACAGAGACGAGAUAGACUCGACGCCAUCAGCGGAUGGAAGGCGCAGAGCUUCGCCGAGUCUUACUCUCAUCAAGGCCCCGGAUCCUGACUCCCAUCAGUCUCAAGAGGAGGUGCUCGCCCUCAACGCUGCUGCGAUUAUAGCAAACAUCAAACUCCAGAGGCAGCUUAGUCAGAAGAAGAAAACACCGAGAGGUUCAGAGAGGGGCUCCCCGGCUUCUCCCCAGGGAAAUGCUGUAAUGGAUGAGGGAAAAUAUAUAAAUGGUAAUAAAGGUGAAGCUCGGUAUCACAGGCAGCCGCAUGCUGAGUUUAUUCCACUGGGACCAAACCUGGAAAGGUCAGCUGAGUGUGCCUCCCUUCAGCGAGCACUGAAAAGGUUCAGACCAGAAUUCAUCAGCCGCUCCCAGGAAAGAGUACAAGCACUGGAACGCAAGGUGCAGGAGAGGAGGGAGCGGUCAGGAGCGGGGAGGCUGGAGUUAAGAGGAGAUCAGCUCAGACAGCUAAGGGCCAACAGCAGCACAGGGCCUACCUCUUUGAAUGGUAACCUUUUCAGACCCACAGACAGAGGUAUUUCCCAGAGAGACGUCCAGUCCAGAUCCAAGCGGCGAGUUGCAGCUCCUGCUGUUCCCUGACAGGCUAACUGAUGCGCUCAUCCAUAUUACCUUUUCUGCUGCUGUCUAUGCAUUUGAAGGCCUGCUGCUCCUUGCACAGUAUCCUGCUUGGGUUCAUCUGUCAGAAACCUGUGCUGCCAAUAAACAGUUUUGUUCUCUCUUGAUUCUUUGAGUCAGUGUUUGAAAUAUCCUGCAC